CGACACUCUGUUCACCGUGUUCGUCCUACGGGUUCACCGUUGCUACCCUCCUCCACGUCCCCUUUCCAGGUACACUCUUCCUAAUGGUAGUAGCGCUCCGAAUGACACUCUGCAUCGCAGGGUUUGUGCUCGUUACUUCCAUCGUUAGUGCCUCGUCAGCCCUGCUGGGGGCGAUGUGCUUCUCAUCAAAUCAUCGUCCUGCCCUGCGGGGUAUGUUUAUAUUAGCCAUUAUACUUGUGCCGUUGCAUCUCAUGCAACUGGUUACUGGGAUUCUCCUCCUGUUCCAGUACAUCAGUUCUUGUAAUUCAAUCAAUGAAGUGACUGCAAAGAUAUUACGAAGUUGCCACCAUCUAGUCUCUGUUCCGAUUAUCAGCGUGUUUCACUCCCUACGGUUGAUCUGUGAAUGCUUCAGCUGCCGGCGAAUAAUGCGCCCAAUUUUGCUGUUCUGUUGGGUGAUCACAAUUUUUCUCUGUGCAGCUGAGUCCGUUUCCGUUCCGCCCAUCAGAUCACACGGUCUCUUUCGAAAUCGCAUACUGGCGACAGCCAUGUUCGCAAACACCAUCUGCUUGGUCCUGGGUUUCACAACGAGUCUUAUCGGCCUAUGGCAUGUAUCAUUCAAAUGGAGGAAACGUUGUAUUCUUGCUUUUCUCCUCGUUCUCCCAGUACAACUUCCAAGAGGAUUCCUCCUCCUCUUUUGGCCCAAUCCACUUGUCAUGGAUUUGACGUCGGUUUUGUCGGGACCAGCACAUUAUUUAUCGUUUUUGAUAUUGGUUCUCCGGAUCUCAUCGUGGGGAAGUGUCGAUGAGGGCAUAGCCCUUAGUCCAAUAUCACCAGAAAGUGGGGGUGUUGCUAUCAAUAAUGAUUCUCCCGUUCCGGCAAUUGUUGAUGCGUCCAACGAUGGCGAAAUCCUUGUGAUUGGACUUCCACCACGGAGAAUCGGUUCGACUUCCGAACCGACCGGUAACUCAACUAGCAGGCAAGGACACUGGCACGUGUGUAGCCAGUGAUGGCUUGAACCGGCUCCUCGAGCCCCAAUCGGCACAGAGCAGAGCAGCGGACUGGGGAGCCACUCAGCACAGGUUCAAUUCCGUCAAGGGGAUAUAACGCACUGUACUUCCUGCAUAUUUAUACCGUGGAAGGGGCAUUAUCCAUGAAAUAUGCCCCAUAAAUUUCUCACUGCGCCGUUUUCGCGGCAUACAUUUGUUUAUCAAAUCCCAUUUUCUUGUAGUCUCACGCAUGAAACCAAUAUAUAGUCCUCACCCG